AUGGUAGGGUCCAAGAUUGCAGUUGUCUUAGUAUAUGUUAAUGAUUUACUCAUUACUGGGAAUAAUGAUGAGCUGUUGAUUUCAAAUUCAAGCUUAGGGGGAGCAAAACCUGCUUGGACUCCUUUGGAGAGCAAUCAGAAGUUAACUAGUGCAGAGUAUGAUGAUCAUGUUGGACACAAAGGUGAUGCAACAUUGGAUGAUAUAGGAUCUUAUCAAAGACUAAUAGGUAAGCUGUUGUAUCUUACAAUGACUAGUCCAGAUAUAAGUUUUGUUGUACAAACAUUGAACCAGUUCCUGCAGCACCCAAAGAGGUCUCAUAUGGAAGCAACCAUGAGAAUUGUUAAGUACAUAAAAAAAGAACCUGGAUUGGGAGUGCUACUGUCAAGCAAGCCAGCAAAAGAAAUCAAGGCAUACUGUGAUGCAAAUUGGGCCUCAUGUCCAAACACUAGGAGAUCAGUGACAAGGUAUUUAGUGAAGUAUGGGAAUACUUAA